AUGUCCACACACGUAUCUCAUAACGACCAUAGCGAGACUUACGGUCCUGGGACAUACGUUGAUCGGACCUUUUCACCCCUACCUGAAGAAUGUAAACGCAUCUUACGUCUGUUCGCUAAGCGUACUCCUGGUUUCACGACUCAGGAGGCCCUACUCGAUGGGGUCAAGUUCAAAGGCGAAGAUCUACCUUGUAUUCCCGGGCCCAUCAAGUCACACUUCGGACUGGAGAUCUUACAUCUACGUGGCAUCACAGAUAGCACAACUACAUUGGUCGAUACAAAGCAUGCUGGCCUCUACCCCGCUACACCAGCACUCGUCCAUAUUGAUGGACAGACAGGACCUGCAGUGAUCAAGAUGCCGACUGUACCACAGUGGGACAAAGAUCGCCAAUCCGGCUCUUCUCUGGUCUUUCGUUCUACGGCUAUCUACGAAACAGCCGACGAGGGUACUUGGUUCCAGCUUCACGGUUCACUGGACUCGUGGAAAAUGUUAGCCCUCAUCGGCAUCAGUAAGGACCUGGAUACCGAGAUCCGCACAGAUGAUGCGGCGUAUGAUCUGAUUCAGCAACGUGUUCGAACAUUUCGAGCGCAGGAAAUCGAGCAACUAAUGCUUCAGAACGGCUUGUCUGGUUCUAUUGUCCAUUCACCAGCAGGAUGGCUCAAGACGGAGAUGGGAAAGUCCCUGGCUCGUCAUUCGCUCGUCGAUUACACUCGUCAAUCAGCUUACCUCGACCUUCCACCAACUCCAUUUCCCGCCUUGGACGACAAACGUCCACUAGCGGGGGUCAAGGUUGUUGAAUUGACUCGCAUUAUCGCAGGAGCGGCUGCGGGUGCUGCUCUGGCGUCAAUGGCCUUCCUCUCUGAUGGCGGGAAAACGACCAUCGACUUGGAUCUUGAUGACCCUGCCGACCAUUCCAAACUGAUCACACUGUUCGAGCAAGCCGACGUCAUUCUCCAAGGAUAUCGUCUCGGAUCUCUAAAACGUCGUGGAUUUGGCAUCGUCUACGUUGAUGAGAACAGUUACGGACCAGACGGCUAUUAUGCAGAAAGACCAGGAUGGCAACAGAUUGCAGACGCCGCGGCUGGAAGCUCGUAUAUCAUGGGUCAAGCAUUCGGCUAUCUGCCGGGUCAAGGCGUAUUGCCCAGUCUUCCAAUUUCGGAUAUGUCUACAGGUAUCCUGACAGCUCUGACCAUCAUGUGUGCGAUCAGAGACCGUGCCAAGUUUGGAGGCUCAUACCACGGUCACGCCGCGUUGACUGGCUACAAUAUGGCAACUUUGGAUCCCGAAGUUCGACUCUAUCAGCGCGAGACUGUGAACAGGAUUCAAGAGAAGUACCAAUUUCCUUCAUGGUCAAGCGACAUACACGUUGCGCCUCUGUACUACCAAAAUCUCAAGGCGUGGGGGAUGAGCAGCGAUCUCAUUGAAAACGAGAAGUACUAUGUACAUUUCUCCAACUCUAUCUUUGGCGAUGAUCUACGUGUUCUGGCGCCGAUGAUAAGGUAUGAGGACGAGGAGACUAUACCUAGAUGGACAACACCCCCAGUACCAUUCUGUCAUAAUGAAUACAGAGCAUUCUCAAACGUGUAG